UCCACCCUUGGAGUUCAAGGAAAUGUCAGGACCACCAAAUAGAGGCCAUCUGGGAUUCCGGGUUUGGAUUCUGCUGACCACACUUACUGGCUCAGCUUGCAUGGGUACAAAAGCCCAGAAAGAUUUUGAGGUAAAGCAACCCUGGGGCCCACUGAGAGUGAUUCAAGGAAGUUCAGCGAUAUUGCCCUGUGUGCUGACCAGUGAUGUGUUUGAUGGGCCUACUAAGUGGUUCAAGGGAAAAGGAAUGGGCCAGCAGCUCAUAUACAGUGACAAAGACCACACCUCUGCCAGAGCACAGAGAGCGAACCACUCACAUGGGAACAUGACCAUUCUCACCAGCAAUAUCACCACCCAGGAUGAUGGGGUCUACUACCAUGUGAAGUUCCACCAAAAUAAUAGGAGUUAUGUAGAAUAUAAGUCUGGGUUAGGCACCAGGCUCUCUGUGGUCUCAGUACUCCAGUGUCCAGAAGAUCCAGGGAUUUCCAUUUUCUUCUUUGUGACUGGCUUGCUGGGGCUGAAAGCAUUGUUGCUACUCAACAUCUUGACCAUCUAUAUUAUAAGGAAGAGAAGAAUAUAAAGAGGAAGAGGAAAGAACCUGGCAGUCCUAGAAUCUACAGUGAUACUUUACAAAGACUACAAGAAGAAGAUCAGCUCAUGUUUCCAGAGGUCACAGUUCAUGGACCUUCCCCAUCAAACCUCUAAAAGGAUAUUUAGCCCAAGCUCCCUCCCAGAGUUUCCUGUCACCUGUUCAUUUGUAAUUCCUUUUAAAAGUUAUAUUGACAUAUUUCACUUCUACAUCACCUUCAUUUCUGAAUAUAUCCCUCCUUGUCCAUCUAUGCAAAAAGCCAUUCCCUUUUAAGAUUAUUUUUUAAAGAGUAUGUUGGCAGUUUUAAAGAGCGGGUUGGCAAGAAGCAGUUUGACAAAACAUAUUGACCAAAUCUGACAACGUGCAUUUUGGCAUCUUUUCUUCUGGAGCAAGUUUAGUCAUUAUAAUCAAACAGUAUUCAGUUUCAGGCUUUCCUUUUUACUUACAUU